UUAUUAGCGUACGAACAAGAGCAACAAUCACAAAUGAGGAUCAAUACAAAAUUUAGACGAACCGAAAGUACUGAAAAUUUCCUACUUCCAGAAAUAGGUGCAGCUACAGUUCAUUCCAACGCAUUCAUUCAACUUAAGGAAGACAAUGGUGAUAAUUGGUGUUAUCAUUGUGCGACACCAUUAAAAGCGCUUAACAGUGAUAUGCGACGAGCCGUUCAAACAUUUUUAACUCUUCGUCGAACUACAUAUCCGAUUAAUGCGAUAAGUGCUUAUUGUUCUUCGCCAAAAAAUAUAUCUGAUUUCACAAAAGAAUUAUGUCGACAUCCUUAUUGUCAAACUUUAAUACUUACUGAUCACGAAACAGGCACAUCAUUUACAAUUCGAGGAUGUGCAGAAACAUUUGGUGCCAUUAAUGAAAAAUUAUUGAAUGAAAGGGGUGAUAAUAAGUGUCAAAGGUUACACGAUCAAUUAGAUAUUCAGGAAUGUAUUUGUAGCCGUAGGAAAUAUUGUUAUGCGGGACCUGAUCGAAUUUUAUUUUCCGGUGUUCCUUCUCUUAUCUCUUUUUUAACAGUUUUAAUAUUAUCGAUAUUUCUGUUAUUUUUAUGA